AUGACUGCGCCCCAUCCCAAGAGAGCGGACUUCCUGUCCCAACACCUGGCUCUGUUCUGCGUGUACUGUAGUCCCGACCAUCCCGCAGAAUCUGGGGGGGCGAACCCGGAACUGCAGCCUGUAGCCAUCUACUACUGUGCGGAGGACCCACGGGGAAAUGUUCGCGAGGCUUCGCCAAGCUUCCGCGAACUUCGCCAAGGGGACCAGUCCCUCGGGGCUGGUGGUCGGUGUCCCGCGGGAAUCCCGGGUGGCGCCCUGAAGCGGAGGGCCGCCAGGGAAGGCUCGCCGGUGAACCACGAUUCUUUAUACCACAAAAGGAUUUCCAUUGAUGGAAGAUAUUUAAACUUGUAAAUGUUUGAUACAGAGUGGAGCAGAUGUAUCCUGGAUGAGCCAGUAAACUGGGCAGAUGGAUUUGUGGUGGUGUACAGCAUCACUGACCGAAUGUCCUUCCUCCAUGCCAAAAGCACCCUUUGGCAGAUCAAAGAGGCCCGAGGGGAGAGCUGUAAGGGGUGAGUGACUUGAAACAGUUAUUGAAACAAGCAGGACCUGUGCAUCAACCUCAGGUAUGCAAGGGCGAGGGCCUUGCCUCAGGAACACUCGUGCCACUUGUAUGAGGUGUCUGCAGGAGAGGCCCACUUGGAAAUAUCCAACCUUGUCACAAAACCAAUUCGUCACGAGAUGCAGAACCUUAAGCACAGCGCAGACCACAGACGAUUCAGUGGCUCCAAGUCCAUGGCCAAACUCAUCAAUAAUGUCUCUGGUAAAAGGAAGAAGUCUGUCUGA